CUGCGACCAGACUGGGUUCACAUUGUCUACACAGAACUGCAGCUUGUAAAGAAAAAAGUUCCUAAAAGAAUUUGUCAGAAGAUUUCAUAAUGGACAAGACAACUCUUGGGGACAUAAAGAUCCACGACCUGCGCAUGAAGCCACGGGAUGGGAAGGCGGUCCACGUCACCUGGAGCCUAAACGGAGAUAAGGAGAAGAAAAUCCUGGAAAUUCCUGAAGACGAGCUGCACUCCGUGAACAAUACAGGUAGGAGAGCUUCUGUGGACGCCGCCAUGCACUACAUGGAGGACCUGAUGAUCAAGCGGCCCAGAGAAGGAGAGACUCUCCCCUCGUUCGUGGUCGGACCUGAGGGAGACAUCAGGCAUAGUUAUGGCACCACGAGUGCUGGUUCUACCCUGAAGAAGCUAGUCUGGCUGCUGGGCCGGUUCCAGGAGGUCGGAGCCCAGAGGAGACGGAGUGAGCCCGACACCUCCACACCCUGCAGUCUGAAGGCCAUGCAGAAGUUCACCUCGAUCCCGGUGGUCUCCGUCUACCCAGUCCGAGGGUCUAACUUGCUGGGCAGGCCGCAGAUGCAGAUCUUGCGCAGCUGGCUACCGAAGCGGUUCCGCGUCUGCAAGCCGAUGACACUGUUCAGCACGGUGGAGGACGGCCACCUCCUGCAGACCAUGUACGAGAAGGUCAAGGGUCAUGCCGAGUUGGUCCUCGUCAUCCGCACACACAGGGAGGAGAGAUUUGGUGUCUACAUACCCGGCACCCUUUCAGCCGCCACCAGCCAGAGCAAACGGCGGUCGUGCUUCGGUAUGGAGGAGACCUUCCUGUUCUCCUUCAGCCCGGUUCCGGGGAAGUACACAUGGGCGGGACGACGGGGCAGUGACGACAUCAAACCUGACAGAGACAUCGUCAUCUCAGCAACCAACGAUAGACUCAUCAUUGGGGGAAGUGGAAGAGAUGCCAUAUUCCUGGACGGAGACAUGGAGGGAGGGUACUCCGGAUCCUCCAAAACUUUCAAGAACCCUCCGCUCUGCAAGGGCAGCCACUUCCGCUGUCUGGACGUGGAGGUUUUGGGCUUCCAGUAUUAGGGAGAACAGCUAUAUAUGUGUAUGUGUAUGUAUAUAAUGAAACUAACACAUGAUGUUGUACAUAGAUUUUGUACAUACAAUCUUAUACCCUAUUUCACGUUAUACCGUAUUUCAUGUGGUGACCUUUAUGUUAUUUAUCUAUUCAUCUAAAGGGUAGUCCCUUUAGUUAGUUUAAACUGAUUUCCAGGGAGUACUUUAACACAAAAUCAUAUCAAAUAAAGAAACAGGAAAAUCAUACUAACAUGGGGUUGAAUAAAUGACAAAUUAACAAUAAUACAACAUAAAUUCGUCUUGUUCGCCCGUCGCCAUCGACGAUGACCAGUGACAUCACGUUCCAUUCAAGAUCAAUAAAUCAUACAUGUACAAAGAACCUUGGCAAACUCAAAUUACACGUACGCAUUGUA